AUGAGGCUACACUGGCACCUCAGCUUCGCCUCAAUGUGCUUGUAUGUAUGGGGUGAUAUAUUUCAGCCGGAUCACCACAACGAAAAGUGGAACCAUUGUGAAGGACACUUAUACAAGGGAUGGACCCAUCUUCGACUGCUUCUUAAAAAAGCAUCUGUGGACUUCUGUUGUAAAUACCAUGAAGAGAAAUGCAUUUCCAUUGCUAUUUUUCCAACUUUAAGACAUGUGCCAGUUUUUUGGGCAUAUAAAAUAAGCCAUAAAGGGGUCCCUGAUUUGUCAGAGCACAAUCUGUUGAAGAAUAUUACGACUUGGUAUAUAUCACCAUCGGUUGUUGAGGAUCUGCUCAAAGAAAAGUUGCAUUCACUCCCAUCUCAAGUGACCUCAAGACCCUCCCUGUCAACAACAUAUAUUUUAAGUGGUGUGUUUCAUCUCAAUGCGAAAUACAUUCACAAAGGAAACUGGCACAACUCAGGUUACAUUCACUGGAUCACGUAUCACCACACAAAUGUGAAGGGGCUUAGUUUUGAAGGAGCACUUGUCCAAAACAGUCAGGAGAAAUGUAAGUGGAAAUGGCUGGUGGUGAAGCAACUGGUUGGGAUUCUUUCUGAAGUCUUUUCGGCCAAACCCAUGCAAACCUUCUUCAAUCAUCAAAACAUGGGACCUUUAAACCUGAACGGCUUAGAUGAAAUUCCAGACAGCUUUUCUGUAGGUGAAAAGAUAGAUGAAUACCUGCCAUGUGUGAUGACAACAACAAUGUUAGUCAAAGAAGCAAAACGUGACUUUUCCAAAGUGACAACAAGCAGCAAACCUGUGCUAACUUCAGAUAUGAUUGCAGGCCUGUGCUCUGUGCUCAUUCACCGUACUAGCACCGGUUUGAAGAGAUGUCUUGAGAGGAUGAUAUUAGACAAAGUAAACCACACCACCUUUUCAUAG